UUUUAAUUUAUUGAUUUAUUAUUUCAAUUAUUAUUUAUUACAUACUGUAUUUUACAUUUCACCAACAAAAAAAAAACCUCCCACGAGGGCUAUGCUGGCUUUCGCUGCACAUCACCCGACGGCAGCUGCUUCUCUCCUCUGAUUUGACCUCCCUCGCCUACUGCCUUCAUUGUUGUGAUCCGAUCCCCUGCCAUCAUCAGCGUCAUCCUCAUCCUCAUCCUCAUCCCGACCCUGGUCGUCUCGUCGUGACUCGCCUCCUCCCCUCAGCCUGCCCUCCACCUCUCCCUAUCCACCCUCCGUCGCAAAUCUCGCCUCUCUCUCUCUCUCUCUCUCUCUCUCUCUCUCUCUCUUUCUCUCUCCCUUUCUUCCCUCCCUACAAAUGUCCAGCAACCCCCACGAUCCCUCCGAUCCUAAUCGACCGCCGACUCAGUAUCCACCUCCCCAGUGGACCGCUGCCAGUCAUCCGGACGAGCCUGCCCAUCAGUCUCAGUACUCGUAUCCUCCUCCCGCCUCCUACGCUCCUCCAUCUCAUCCUCAUCAUCCUCCUCCUCCUCAUCCUCCUCACCCUACGACUGACCAGGAUCGCUCCGCCUACUCGUCUUCCUACCCUCCUCCGCCGCCGCCACCGCCGUCCGCUCAAUACCCCCCGCCGCCCGCCAACAUGGCCGCUAUCCACCCUCAGGUUCAGGGCCCUCAAGAUCCCUACCGUCUGCCUCCACCCCCAGGCGCAUACCGUCCGGCCGAUGUCUACGCCCAGCCUCCGCCCCAGGUUGUCUACCAGGCCGCCGCCCCGCGCCAGCGCACCGCCAUCGCCUGCCGCUACUGUCGACGACGAAAGAUUCGCUGUUCCGGCUUCGAAAGCUCCCAGGACGGUCGUUGCAGCAAUUGCAUCCGGUUCAACCAGGAGUGCAUGUUCACCCCGGUCUCCUCCCAGGCCCAGGCCUUUGUGCCCGCCCACGCCGCCUACCCGCACCUGCGCAACCCCCAGAACCAGGGCCGCCCGGGCGUCACCCUCUACGGCGCCCAUGGCCAGCCCCUGCCUCCUCAACAGCAGCCUCCCCCCGAAACCACCUUGCCUCCCCCGCAAGGCAUGUAUCAGCAUCCUUACGGCCGUCCGCCUCACCUGGAUGACCGAUCCGUUCCCCCUCCCCUGGCUCCGCCUAUGCCUCAGGAUCCAAGACAGCCUGGUGCACGUCGCGGCUCAGGUGCCGGCUUCGAAUACCCUGAUCCCACAAACCUGGCCCCAGUGACCCCCGCCGUGUCAUCCGCAGGCUAUCCCGGACACCCCGUCCCCAACUCGUACUACCCACCUCCCCCCCAGCACGAUCGUCGUCCGUCCCCUCAGGCCACCUAUCCUUACGAUAGUCGCCACUCCUCCUCCCCACACAGCUCCUCGCCGUAUCCAGCCUUGCAUCCUGCCCAGCCGGGCAUCACCCCGCCACCAACCUCCACUGCAGCUCCGUCUCGUGGUGGUCUGAACGUUCGCGAUAUGCUCAACCCGGGGGACCAGAGCCACGGCCGCUCCAGCACCGACAGUGAUAUGCUCAACGCCCUCAAUCGCCGUGGCUUGAACCAGUAAUCCGGGUGUGACCUCAGUAUUGACGGGGAGAGGAGAGGAAUGGCAAGGGAGAGGGAGAUGAAGAAAGAACCGGGAUCUUGUGUGCUGGCCACACAAGAUUCCGCUUCGCAGAUUCAAAAUGAUCGAUGAUGUUUUCUCUGGCAUGGAACG